CACGCCGUCACGACCUUACCCCAGGCUCAUCGUGGGCCACAACAGAAUCCUGCGCAUCUAUCUUCUCCCGCAUACUCCCAGCUUGAGCGACAGAUUAAUCCUUAAUCGAGUCCGUGGUCCCCCCUUUUUAAAGCGCUGCCACGCGGGAUGGCGACACGAAGCCGUCGAAGCGCUGCGACCGAAACUGUUGAAGAAGAGGAGGAGCAGGAGCGCGUGAGCACGCUGAAGUUUAAGCAGCCACUUGUUGGACGACCUGGCAAGCAGAUCAGCGUGGGAGAUUUGCUAGCGCGACUGAAAGCGCUGUGCGAUGAGCUGCGGGGUCUGGAACAGGACGACGCUGACCGGGACUCUCUCGUGCCUGUCGCGAAAGAAUUGGCGCACCAGAGCCUACUGCAGCACAAAGAUGCCGGUGUUCGGGCAUGGACGGCUUGCUGCGUGGUGGAUAUGUUCCGCCUAUGCGCGCCAGAUGCUCCCUACACGGCGCCGCAGCUCAAGGAAAUAUUUAGCCUGGUCAUCGCCAAGAUUAUGCCCCUCCUGGCCGACCCGUCAAACCCUUACAAUGGCCAACACUUAUACGUCUUAAGGUGCUUGGCUGAGGUGAAGAGCAUCGUCCUCCUCACUGAUAUCCCGGGAUCUGCCCAGCUCACCUCGACCCUGUUUAACAACUGUUUUGACGUGCUCUCAGGGCCAUCAAGAGCAGAAAAUGGUGAAGAGCUGAGUAAAAAUGUCGAGCACCAUAUGACGGCGCUUCUGUCCGUUCUGAUUGAUGAGGCCCCAAGCCUAUCUUCAGACGUAGUGGAUAAAAUCGUUGCACAAUUUCUGUGGGCUGACCCGAUAACACUCGGUGCUGGAACUUCGAAGGGGAAAAAGAGUGGUCCCGUGGAUUUGAAACAGUCAACUCUAUUCCGCAAGGAGGCUCCUCCGGCCUAUAAUAUGGCAAAAAAUCUCUGCAAUGCCUCUCGGGAUAAAAUGGCUCGUCUGAUUGGAGCUUAUUUCAGCUCAGUCAUAGUCGACUUUACUGGAUCUGGGACGGAAUUGCCAAAGCACAAAUCACGGAAGCGAGCUGGUAGCGAUGUGGAUGAGUCAGGCGAUGAAGGACUCAAAGGUCCUUCAGAGGAUGAAUUGGAAGACGCUAUCAAAGCGCAUCGAUUACUUCGGGAGCUGUGGAGGUGUGCACCCGGUGUGCUGCAGGACAUCAUUCCACAUUUACAAGAAGAGUUGGGCACUGAAAAUAUCCAAUUGCGUCGACUAGCGACAGAGACCUUUGGGGACAUGAUCUCAGGAAUUGGUGCAGCAGGACCACCCCCGAGCCCCGACCUAAAUCCUAGCGCCUAUCCAUCACAGAGCCUUGUGCCACCAUCAGAAACCGUACGAGCGUACAACUUCCUCACGACACCCACAUCACAAAACUCUUUUCCAUCCCAGUAUCCAGGCGCGUACCAUACUUUCCUCCAGCGAAAACAUGACAAAUCCCCCGUCAUCCGUUCGUCUUGGACUACUGGUGUUGGUAGAAUCCUAAUGACAUCAGCUGGCGGGGUCGGGCUGGAUCCCGAUGAAGAGCAGAGGCUACUCAAAUCUUUCGCCGAAUGUCUUAUCGAUAGCGACGAACGAGUCCGGCUCGCUGCUGUAAGGGCUAUCGAGCACUUCGAGUUCAACGACAUCGUCCAGAAGCUGGGGAGCAAUGGCAGCAUGUCAGAUUCUGGAUCGAUCCUUUCAAACCUUGCGGACAGAGUGAAAGACAAGAGGAGCGUCAUUCACUCGGAGAGUAUGAAGCUGCUAGGGAGGAUCUGGGGCGUCGCAGCCGGCGCCAUUGCUGAAGGGAAUGAACUAAUUACCAUCCUGCUCGGCCCCAUCCCCUCUAGGAUACUGGAAGCCUGUUACGUCAAUGAUCAAGAGAUCAAUGUUCAAGUUGAUCUCACGCUAUACGAUUCUCUUCUGCCUCUCGGCUACCCUCCAAUGAAGCCCAAAGCUACGGUUAAUGGAGGAUCGCAGGUCGUCAAGGAUAGUCAAUCUAAUGGGGAUCCAGGGUACACCGAGCUGGACCUGGAUAAGAUACGAGUAGAGAGGCAACUAGUUCUUGUAAAGGGUUUGGAAGAGAAGGCAAAGAAAGUAUUUUUCGCCAAACAAGGCAACCAAGCAACCAUCGCGACGUACAUGGAGCACUUUCUGAAGAUGUGCGAGGAAUAUAAUGGAGGAGUAAUGAACAAAGGAGAAAAGGAAAUAAAAGGAAAACUCGAAGGUCUCAUUAACUUCUUCGUCAAGACGCUACCCGACGCAUCUCGAGCUAUCGAAGAUUUAUGGAAGUUUGCAAAGGCCCACGAUCGCCGGAGCUAUCAACUCAUCAGAUUCUGCAUGGCACCAGAGAGUGAUUAUCGGAAGAUCUUUAAGUCAAUCAAAGAACUCAAGAAGCGAAUUGAAGACGGUCCAUCCGGCUCCACUCUCCUAGAGAUCUUGACUCCAUUAGUUUACAGGGUUAGUUUACUGUGCUACAACAAGAGCCACGUGCCCGCUAUCAUCGAAUUUUCUCGAACCGAUGACGAUGGGCUUGCAGCAACCGCACACGAGGUCCUUAAAGAAAUCUCAACAAGGCAUCCCAAAGUGUUCUCAACUCACAUGAAAGAACUUUGCAAGGCGCUCGAGAGCGAGGCACCGACCGCAAAGCAUCCGAAUCCGUCUGGAGCGGUAGACGAUCUGAAAGCUUGUGCCGGGUUUGCAAAAAAAUUUCCCAAAGACGUGCCAGUGAAUGCUAAAGAUAAUCGCAAACUGAUCCAAAGCUUUCUCAAUUUUGCCUUGUAUGGAUCGCCACCUAAGGCAGCGAAGCAUGCAGUCACAAUCAUCAUGAGCAGUGAUGACAAGAAGGAGAUGCACGCAAAGGAAAUACUGACGAAGAGCACAAAAGGUUUCGAGUACGGAGGUGACCACUUCCUUACCAAGCUAGCCGCUCUAAGCCAACUGGUAUUACUUGGUCCGGAGGAAUGCGAAGAUGACAUAGAUGCCAUUAUUGACAUUGCCGUAAAUCGGGUCCUACUUAAGCCGCAUCCCACCUCUCCUGAGGCCGAGGAAGAGUGGAUGCUAACACCUGACGAAGACAUGGUUGCCCGCACAUGGGCUCUCAAGAUUCUUGUAAACCGAUUACGCGCCAUUUCUCCUGAAAGCAGCGUUACCGACCCGGCAGGUCCCGUUUACAAGCUACUCAACAAACUCGUCGAGGAUAGCGGCGAAGCGUCGAAGAAGAAGACUACCCCACAAGGGCACAAAAGCCUUCAACGCCUCCUCGCAGCUACUUUUCUCAUCAAGCUGUCAUGCAACCGGCGUUUCGACAACCUACUCACACCCGCGAACUUUAACCAGCUCUCUGUCGUUCUGCAAGAUCCUAUCGUACAGGUUCGCAAAGGUUUCGCCACAAAGCUGAUGAAGUACCUGGGACAGAACCGACUACCUACUCGAUAUUACGCCGUCCUUUUUCUUCUCGCUUAUGAACCCGAUACUAACUUUAAAGAGAGCGUCAUUACCUGGAUUCGGUCGCGCCGAACGAUAUUUGCUGCCCGCAAAGAAACAACGCUCGAAACCAUAUUCGCCCGCUUACUCAGCCUGCUUGCCCACCAUCCUGAUUUCGAUACCGAUCACGACAAUUUAAUAAUGGUGGCGAAAUACAUCCUUCUCUACCUCAAUUGUGUUGCAACACCAGACAAUCUUUCUCUCAUCUACCAUGUUGCGCAGCGUGUCAAAGGUGUCGCAGAUGGUAUCACCCGCUCAACAGAAGCUGAUGAGAGGCUGUAUAUCCUUUCAGACCUUUCACAGGCCAUCAUACGUCUCUGGGAGGAGCAAAACGGGUGGAGCAUGCAAUCCUGGCCCGGAAAGUUGAAAUUACCUGCUGGCAUCUUCAGGUCUUUGGAGAGCCACGAACGCGCGCAAGAGAUUGCUGAUAAAGUGUGGGUGAGCGACGAUGUUAUCGAGGCGCUAGAACUCGUCGUGCGUUCUUCGCUGAAGAGCAAAAAGCGGAAGAAUACUUUCAAUCCGGACAAAUCUAAGAAGAAGGUUAAGACUGAGAAGGGCAUUAAAAAAGAGAGGGCCAAGGUGGAGCGCACUAUCAAAACACCCAAAAAGAAGAAGAGAAAGAGCGGAGACAGUGAUGCAGGAGACGACGACGUUGAAGUUCGUACUAUACUGUCUAGCGGACCUAGGAGGAAGAGCGACCGACGAAGCAACGCUAAAAGUUACGUGGAAGUCAGCUCCGAUGAGGAUGAAGCUGAUGCUGGGGAUGGAGCUGAACAGGACGAGGAGAUGGCUGAGGCGAGCGAGAGAGAAAAUACUCCACCAGCUCAAGACGUUGAGAUGACGGACGCAGAGAAAGAGUCCGAGCCAGAGGUAGAAUCGGAACCAGAGCGGCCCAGAAAGGCAGCCGUCAGGAGGGUGACCCGGAAAAAAACACCCCAGGUGAUAGCAUCGCCAAAGCCGGCGACGUCAGCUAAGACCAAACCAAAGCCCAAGGCCAACGGUAACCCCUCCUCAAGUCCAGCUGUGAAUGGCACAGUGCGGAGAAGCGCCCGGUCCCGGGGCUGAUCGAAUGGGGAUGAUCUGAUCUAAUGUUCGCUUCGGCGCGAUUGCCGCGAGCAUGCAAGGGACUGACGGAAAUUAUUUUUUUGCGUUCGUGUUUCGGUUACGACAACUUUCUCAUGAACUUUG